CGAUGUCUUUUUUUUAAAGCCUCGAUGAAGCGUAUUAUUAGCAACGUUGCCGUUGUCGAUCCCCGUCGGUUGCGUAUGUGGUACCACGGAAUGGUGGUUGCCUUUGCGCUUAGCUUUUUACUUGCUUUCAAGUGGGAAUAUGAGCUCUCUACGGGGUGCUUUCUGAGCAAAGGAUCAGUCUGCAGCAUGUUUUUAAUGGUCAUUAUAUACUGUGAAACAAGAUAUCUUUAAAUAUAUAUAUAUAGAUACCUACUUAGCGGUUUAUUUAUCCUGCACUAGAUAGUUCGACUAAAACUGAAAAUCUAUAUUCU